AUGCCGUUUAACGUCAAGGAAUGGGUGAAGGGCGAUUACAGAACCAACUUGUACUACAGCUACGAGAGACUUGCGCAGGAAGUGGAGAAAAUCUGCAGGGAUGCCCUCAAAAAGGAGAAUAUCCCGCACGUUAUUUCCUGCCGAGUCAAGGACCCAGAGAGCUUGAGGGCGAAACUCGAGAAGCCACAGGACUUUGAGUGGUCGCCCGACAAAAUCGCGAAAGAUGUCUUCGAUAUUGCCGGCGUCCGGAUUUCUCUGUAUCGCCCAGAGCAAGAGCAGCAGGUCAAGGAUAUCAUAGAGAAGAACUGUGCCUUCGUCAUCAAAGAAAUCGAUACCAACGUUUAUCCACCACCUCUGGAGGGGAGGAAAGAUAGAACAUCGACGUACGAGUUGACAAGGCCAAGGUACAAAGCAACGCACUGGAUUGUGAGACUAAAUCCGGCUGUCCAUGGGUCUUUCAUUGAGCGCCCUGUCGAGAUUCAGGUGAUGUCGCUUCUCCAUAGCGCCUGGGCACAAAUACAGCACGACUACACUUACAAGCCCCUCAAUGGGGACCUGUCUCCGGCCGAAGUCAGCACUCUUGAGGCUCUCGGGAGAACGGUGGAACUCGGCGAGAGUUUUCUCUAUCAAUUGAGCUCUAUUCGCGAGGAGCGACGGCAAGAGGAAAAGCAGCCUUUUGCAAAUAUAUAUGAACUCGGAAGCUACCUCGCCAAGUGGUUUAUCAAGGCUUACCCGGAUGCCCAGCUAAACGACCUUGGCUCACUGACGGCGCUUCUUGAAGUAGUGGAUAGAAUCGGUCUGAACAGCCAAGAGCAACUUGGCAAGUUCCUAGAAACACUCCGUCCGAGCUCAUCCAGGUCUAUGGCUUUGGCGAAGCAGCACUUUGGUGAGCUGAGACUACGACCCGCAGUUUUCGUUAUGCAUCAUUUGGUGAAUAAGCACCGUGAUGGCCUCUUCAGACCCGGGCCGGAGUGGUGGGACGGGUAUCGAGAAGAAAGACGCUACAAGUCAAGGCUCAAGAUCAUCAUGAGCACAAUGCUGUGGUUCUUUGACUUCUUCCCUGCAACAGACUGGGAAAUCCCCUUCUCGCCCCGGGGACAACCAAAUGACGGAGAGCAAGUGAAGCGACUCUACUGGUUGGGCUCAUGGGAACCCAAUGAACUCAUUGCAUCACACAAUCGGCCUUUCAGUAACGAUGACCAGGAAAACAUCGACGCGCUAUGGGUAUGGUUCGAGAAAAACGACAGUCCUGCUCUUUGCUUGGCUUUUAUGAUAUCGAGAGCAGAGAUCUUGCGCGAUGUUGAGGACCGGGUGGAGCAUUGUUUGUUUAACAGGCUGUUUUCAACCCUAGGUCAGGCGCUCGAGAACGAACUUAGAGAUUUCACUCAGCGUGAGGCUGCUUAG